AUGCAGAAAUGGUUCCGGAUCUCCCUUCUCUUGUGCAUCUUUGGCUUCCUGAAGGAGAUUCGACCCUCUGAACCGUUUGUGACGGAUUUUCUUCUUGGAGAAUGGAGAAAUAUCACAGAGGAACAGGUCAAUAGGGAUGUCUACCCCGUGGGAACCUAUUCCUAUGCAGCGCAGCUGAUAAUAGUGUUCCUAAUUACGGAUUUCCUCAGGUACAAGCCCCUGAUCGUAGUGCUAGGACUGUCUGGGAUUGUAACAUGGAGUCUUCUGCUUUGGACUGAAUCUCUAGGAGCUCUGCAAUUGGCAGAAGUCUUCUAUGGAACGUACCUGGCCACAGAAGUUGCAUAUUUUACUUACAUCUACGCAAAAGUGGAGCGGGAGCACUAUUCAAAGGUCACAUCUCACACAAAAGCUGCUAUUCUCUGUGGAAGAUUUAUUGCUGGAUCCUCUGGACAGCUGCUAAUCUUCCUAAAAUGGCUGGAUUACCGACAGCUGAACUACAUCACUUUAGCUGCACAGAUUCUAGCCACAGUUUGGGCUCUCUUCAUCCCGCCUGUCCUCACCAGUGUCUACUUCCAUCGCAAGGCAUCUGUCCAGAGGAACAACAAUGAAUUCAUGUCAUCUGAACAUGAACUGGUGAUCAAAAAGAGGAAGAACGCAGCAAUACUCAUUUGGAGGCAAUUCCGGAGAGCAUACACAAACCGGAAAGUCCUAAUUGGAAGCUUCUGGUUCAUCUUCGGAAUGUGUGGCUAUCUGCAAUUUAUUUCCUACGUCCAAAUCCUCUGGACGGCCAUCAAUGUGGACAAGGAAGAGAUCUGGAAUGGUGCUGUGGAAGCAGCAAUGACCAUUCUCGGAGCAAUUUCUGCUCUCAUCGCAGGAUACUCUCACAGCAGCUUCCUCAGUGAUCGACGGAGUAUCUUCAUUCUCGUGAUUGUCUCACUGGCAGAGGGAUUGGCAAUUUUUCUGGGAUCUCAUACAAGCAAUCUCUUCGUAUCGUAUGCAGCUUAUCUCAUUUUCGGCGUACUCUACUCAUUUGCCUCCACGAUUGCCAGUGCUGAAAUUGCGAAGCAUCUCGAGGAAGAUAGCUUUGGACUUGUAUUUGGGUUCAAUACCUUCCUCAGCCUGAUCCUGCAGACAAUCCUCACGAUGAUUGUCGUGACUGGAAUCCAUCUGAGUAUUUUCCAGCAAUUCUACGUGUAUGCAUCGUAUUUUAUUGCACUGGGAUUAGUUUAUUUUUGCAUCUACAUUUGGGAUUUGUGCACAGUGCCCAAAAUUACCCUGGAAUAA